GUUUAAUUUCCGAAUUCACGCUCUCAUACAGUCAAGAAGCGCAACUACAGGGAAUACCAAGGACAUUUCAGCUAAAUCAAAAUAUGAUUCUCUUAAUGAAAAACGUCACUGUGCUGUUCCUGACCUUAAUUACUGUUCUUCCUAAUUCAUGUUACAGUGUCACUUUGACAUUGGCUGAACAAUGUCAGCUAAAUGUAACAGAUUUAAGGGAAAAUCUGCUUUACAACAGGUUUAACACAUUAUAUCAGAAGGAUGUAGAAGACAAGUUAAACGAAAUCAUGAAUCUAACGGCUUGUGUAAAAGAGGCUCCUGAUCAAGUUGGUCUAACGAUGUUUGGAAUGGAAGUAUUGGACACAGUCAGGGAAGUGGUGUCUAUGCUGAUAAAUUCCAUCAGAACCAUCAGAAAUAUAGCUGUCCAAAAUUUAGAGGUUCAAGUACUCAUACUCAAAAAUAAUGUGAUGCAACUCAACACAAGCAAUGAGUCUAUGCGUAUUGAUCUCACAACGAUUAAAGAUGCUUCAACAUCCACUGCAGUGGCCUUCAUGAGCUUCACCGACAUGGCAGACAUCUUUAAACCCAGCUUUUUUGACACAGUUGUCAGAAAAACUGAAACCAUAGUGAUAUCCAAUGUGGUGUCAGGAAUACCUUUCAAAACCAACUCAUACCCCUCCACUCCAGUCAACUUCACCUUCAAACACAUCAUGCCAUUAAAACCCCAGGCCAUCCUUUCUUGUAUGGACUUGGAGGCAAACAGAUGGGGUACAUGUUCCCUUAUACAGACCAACAACACUCACACCGUGUGCUCAUGUGACAGCUUGACAACUUUAGUGGUCAUCAGUCAGACUGACCCAUGCAUGCUGAAUUUGACAGAACAGUGUGUAAUGGACUUCCUGGAGCAAAUUCAGUAUAACAUACCUGCAGUCUUACCACAGGAGACUGUACAAAAUUAUUUGACCACAAUAAUGAAUCUUGAUUCUUAUGUGAUGGAUAAAUAUUUCGAGUCCUAUGGAAAUAUUUUAAUGGAUGUCAUCGAGACUCUGGUGUCAGCCCUGGUGCAGAAAAGCCAUAUCAUCAACAUUUCUCUCCAAACUUUAGAGCUUCAGGUUAUCACAGUUGGAUCUCAAGAUUUCUGGAAAAACCUCAGUCUCAUCACAAGUCAUGCCUCUAUGGAUAUCAGUCUAACUGCAAUUGCCAAUAAUAACAUAGAACAAGCUACUGUGGCCUUCUUGAGCUACACCAACAUGGCAGCCAUAUUAGAACCAACCUUCUUCAACACAUUUAGAGACACAGAGAAAUCCAUUGUGUCCAUGGUGGUUACAGCAACACUUCCCAAAGCCACCGACUCCAGCCUAACUAAACCUGUCAGCUUCACCCUGAAGCACAUCAAAGGGAUAGCCCCUGACAGCAUUCUCUCCUGUAUGUACUGGAGGGAAAACAGAUGGGUUGGAAAAGAAUGUAAUAUCACAAAGACCAACAGCAGUCACUCAGUGUGCUCAUGUAAUCGUGUGGGAACCUUCGCCCUCGUCAUGCAGGCUGAUCCAUGCAAGGGUGUUUUGACAGGACAAUGCAUAUUGGACUUCCUGAGUAUAAUUCCUUCUGAAAUUCAUCAAGAAUUACCACAAGAGAUGGUGAAAAAAUAUUUGACCAUCAUAAUAAAUUUUACAACUCUUGUGACAAACGAUGUUUCUGACCGAAAGUAUCUUGCGUCCUAUGGAAAUGCUGUAUUGAAUGUAACUGAGCAACUGCUGUCUACACUGGUGAGAAAAAGAGAUGCUUCCAUCAACAUCAUCUGGUCUCUCAAGGAUUUAGAAGUUACCAUUGUGGCUGCACCUAAUACUUCCUCAAGUAAUAUUCUUCAACUGAGUACACAAUAUGUUUCUAUGGAUAUCAGUCUUACUGAAAGUUCAAUAAACAACAAUGAGGCUGUGGCCAUCAUGAGUUACAACAAUUUGGCAAAAAUUCUGAAGCCUACCUUCUAUAAGACAAUUACAAGCAGAAAUAAGACCAUGAUGUCCCCUGUGGUGUCUGCUAUUCUUCCCAAAACUACCAACACAACCCUCACCACACCGGUCAAAAUCACCUUCAAGCAUAUUUAUGAUUUAGAACCUAAAGGCGUUCUCUCCUGUGUGCACUGGAUGACAAACAAAUGGGUUGAAAAAGGUUGUAGCAUCAUAUGGUUUAACAGAACUCACACAGAAUGCUCUUGUGAUCACAUGUCUAUGUUCACUCUCAUCAUGCAGACUGACCCAUGCAUGAGUGAUCGUCUCAUGAACAUUCUGAUUGCAGUGGCUAUAAUAGUGGGACUCGUAUUCCUAUGCUUGUCUAUAGUGACAUUUGCCAUUUAUUCCCGGAACCCAGUGACCAACACAACUCUGAUAAACCUAUGCAUAAACCUCCUGCUGUUUCACUUACUCAGCCUGAUCAGAACUCUUUUCCUGACCAACAUUCGCCCCCUGCAAUUGAGUGAAGUGCUGGCUGGAUUCCAGUGGUUUUUUUUAAUGUCUGUUUUCGUGUGGAUGUUCAUUGAAGCUGUGCUGCUCUACAUCUUCAUGAAGAAUCUUUCUGAAAUCAGAUCAAACCAGGAGGAAGUGUUUAGCUGGAAAUGGUUAAUUGUGAUUGGAUAUUUUAUUCCACUUGGAGUACUGGCCACUUCUGGUGUAGGCUUUCCUAAGGCUUCCAUCAAUGAAGAAUGCUGGUUUAUGGAGGAUGAAAGUUCGAGCUUUAUUUUUGCAGGUCCUGUUCUUUUCACUAUUACAUUAAACCUGGUCCCCUUACUUGUUACUGUUAUCAUCAUGAUCUUCAUACUUAAGAAGCUUAAGAAUGAACUCCUUCAAAUGAGCUCCUCUGCAAAUAAGAACCUGAUCAUAUGCCUGAUGAUCAGGAGCCUGACUCAGUUCAUUAUUCUCAUUUGCUACUGGAUACUCCUGUACAUUCCCAGCAAGAACGGAGUUUUAUAUCAUGCCUUCCAGUUCCUCAACUCCCAGCAGGGCACCUUCAUCUUCCUCAUCCACUGUGUCCUUAACAAAGAGGUCAGACAGAUGUACAGAAACUAUCUGCAUUCCUUCUGCCACUCCAACAAUCCAGAAACAGCUUCAUGAGUGUCAUUGGGCAACCUGAAGAGUCACAGGAUAACUAAUCUCAAGCUUAUACUGAUAUUCCUUAUAACUGUUAAAGAAUGAAAUUAAAUGUCGAAGAGCUGCUGUUCUAGAAAAUUCAUGAAUAAUUUUACAGCACUGUGGUUCACUUUAAAUAAAGAGGGCUAGCAUGUGCUGAUUAUGAGAAGCUCUUCUAUUCACACUAUGAACAGUUUUAAGGUUUCAGUAACUAAUUCAAUUUUCAGAAUUCAAAUUCAGAACUGAUUAGGCUAAUUAUAAAGGGAAAAAACACUUAGCGGUGAGAUUUCUGACAUCUUUAGGGAGACUAACUGUUUUUAUUAACAGACUACAGUCAAGGUGAAGUUCAAAUAUUUCCAGAAUCUUUGGUAAAUAUUGUAUAAUAUCAGUGUGUUGAAAUAGACAAUUGUGGUCAGAAUUAGAUGCAGAAAAAAACCCCAUUUAAAACCCAGCAAUAAAUUGUACAGUAUAUAGACUCAGCAAUAUACAUUUUAAUUCUAAUUUAGUUUAGGUAACUGUUUUAUUUAUUAGUUUGACUUUUCAAAAUAUUUUAUUUUUUCUUUCAAUGGUAAAAGGUCUAUUGUCCAAAAAGUCUACCAA